CCUCGCUCGCCCCCCCCCUCUCAUUUUCCCUGGAAAUGGACCCCCUUUUUUCCCCAUUGAUUGCCGCUCCAGAGGGCGCUGGACUUUCCCACUCUGUCCUCAACUCUGCAGUCAAAAGUCAGCAGCUUCAGAGGGAGGUAUAGGAUCCACCCACGUCGCCGUCACUCAGCUCUCCCGGCACCUGCGACGGGCGCUUAAGACCAAGUUUGUGGCCUUGAACCGACCGGCGCCAUUUCGGCAGCCCAUUUCACAUUCCCGACCGCCGACAUUGCCCACCCAAGUUCUGACAACAAGGUGCCCAAUUUCAAGACGAACAAGGCACCAAGUUCACUGUCCCAUCCACGUCCGGCUGGUUCCCUCGACUACAUCAACCUUCCGAAAACGGGAACUACGAGCACUUUCCCACGAUGUAUUCGCGUCCCAGCUAUGGCCUGGAAGACCAGCCAGCCGGCCUCUCACGCCAGCGGACGCUCGUACGUCCUGAGCGUCAAAGAUCACAGCGCGCCAUGUUGAGAAAGACCACCGUCGGGCCACCGCCUGCUAGAGCUGGCGCCACUCCGUCCCGCAUAGGCCGAAAUGGAGUUCCCACUGAUGCCCUCCUUCAGUACAAGACGCCCGAAGCGGAGCCGGAGGAAGAGUCUUACUGGUGGGAGCGUACCGCCAAAAUCAUGACUUGCUGCAUUUGGCCGAGUUGUAUGAGCGCUUGCGGCGGUAUGAAGACAAAGGACGUUCAGCAAGCUUGGCGGGAGAAGGUUGCCUUGUGCAUGAUCGUUGGGCUGCUGUGCCUCACUGUUGGAUUCUUCACCUAUGGCCUCAAGCCCCUGCUCUGUCCCAACGGAUCGUCUCCUGACACAGCCUUCUUCAACAAAACCGACCCCAAUGUGAUUCCUUAUCGAGACGACGUGGUCAUUUCCGGCACCCUCUACGACUUUGCGGCAACUCGCGACGUCCUUCAUCAAAGGUCGACUGUCAACCUGACUGAUGAUUGGCACGGCGUCGAUGUCACCCGCCUUUUCCGCCGCUACUCCGCUGACGCGUGUGCAGGAUAUUCCAACGUGCAGCAGUCCGACUGCAUUAUUCCCAACAAGUAUCCCUUGUCCCCAGCGCUCGCACCUGGGCCUGCAGAACCGUGCCCAGAUCUGGCGUGGUUGAAGGGUGUCAAAACGAGUGGGCGACUCUUCUUUCUCUGGGAAGAAGUUGCCGCACGCGUGUCGUCGCCUCACACUUUGGUGGUCUACAAUGGAGCUGUUUUGAACAUCACGGAGUAUCUUGCGCGGUCCAACGACACACGGUUUGUGACGUCGUCCAGACUAAACAAGAUCUUGCAAGAUGGUGUUGGCAAAGACAUCACCUACCUCUUUGGGGGAUCGUCGGAGGGUCGCGCGGCCAUGCAAUGCUUACUGCAGCAGUACCAAGUCGGAUACGUUGAUCGACAAAGCAGCGGUUGCGCCGUUUACCAGACCAUAAUGAUUCUUCUGAUGAUUGUGGUUUUGGGUGUCGUCGCAGCGCGCUUCAUCAUGGCUCUAGCGUUUCAUUACCUCUUCUCAGACACAUUCAAAACGAGCAAAUACAGCAACGACUACCGCUCCGCAGGCUUGUCGGCCAAGCGGAACACAUACGAUCCGUAUGGAUUGCCCGUUGGCUCCGUCGCCCGUCCUCAAAUCGCCAUGAACGAUGACAUGUACACGAUCCUGCUCGUGACGUGUUACUCGGAAGGCGCUGAAGGAAUUCGCGGCACUUUGGAAUCUCUCGCUGCUACGGACUAUCCUGAUGAUAAGAAGCUUCUGUAUGUCGUUGCCGACGGAUUGAUCAAAGGCGAGGAUUGGAAAGCUACGGGAAAGACUACACCGGAGGUCAUCCUCGAUAUGAUCAUUCCCGAUCCGGAGUUGGGCCAGGCACUUCCGAAAAGCUACCUUGCUAUUGCGGAUGGUGCGAAACAGCACAACAUGGCCAAAGUGCACGCCGGAUACUUCCCAUACCUCAAUCGACACGUCCCCAUUGUUCUGAUUGAGAAAUGCGGUACACCAGCCGAGCAGAGCCCCUCCACCGGCAAACCCGGCAACCGCGGCAAACGAGACUCUCAGCUCAUCCUUAUGAACUUCCUUUCUCGAGUCCUCUUUGCCGACCGCAUGACAGCCCUGGAUCACGACAUGUACAUCAAGAUCGCCCACAUCACCGGCGCCACACCCGAACUGUACGAAACCAUUCUCAUGGUCGAUGCCGACACCAUCGUCUCUCCAUCCUCCCUUCGCCACAUGAACCAGGCCAUGAAAGCUGACGAUAAAAUUAUGGGACUGUGUGGCGAGACUCGCAUCGCCAACAAACGCCAAAGUUGGGUUACCACCAUUCAAGUUUUCGAGUACUACAUCUCCCACCACCUCGGUAAAGCCUUCGAAAGUGUUUUCGGCGGCGUAACCUGCCUCCCUGGCUGUUUCUGCAUGUACCGCAUCCGCGCGCAUAAAGGCAACACCACCGUCCCGAUCCUCGUCAACCCCGACAUCGUCGAAGAGUACAGCGAAAACACGGUGGACACGCUGCACAAGAAGAACCUGCUGUUGCUCGGAGAAGAUCGGUUCCUCACCACGCUAAUGCUGCGAUCGUUCCCGAAGCGGAAGAUGGUGUUUGUGCCCAGUGCUGUGUGCCAUACGGUGGUGCCGGACAAAUUUUCGGUUCUGUUGAGCCAGCGGAGACGGUGGAUUAACUCGACGGUGCAUAAUUUGCUGGAACUUGUUUUGCUUAGGGACCUUUGUGGGAUUUUCUGCUUUAGUAUGCAGUUUGUCAUUGCGCUCGAGCUACUCGGCACAACGAUCCUCCCCGCCGCCAUCAUCUCAACAUGGGUCCUCAUCUUCACCUCCGCCGUAUCGCCGCAGCCCCUUCCCCUGAUCCUCCUCGCCACGUCACUCCUUCUCCCUGGCAUGCUCAUCGGCCUCACCACGCGAAAGACCCUGUACAUUGGCUACAUGUUCAUCUACCUGCUUGCCCUGCCGAUCUGGAACUUUGUGCUGCCGCUGUACGCGUUCUGGCGGUUUGACGAUUUCUCGUGGGGCCAGACGAGGGUGGUGGUUGGCGAGAAGGCGGAUGGGCAUGGGGAUAAGGAGGGGGAAUUUGAGGUUGGGAGUGUGCCGCUCAAAAGAUUCGGUGAAUGGGAAGCAAUGCGCUUGCAACAAGUGACCGGGGUGGAUCAGUCCACGACCAGCUCCUACGUCCGCACUCGCAAAUCUCUCCCAACGCUCCCAGAAGUCCCCUACCAAGCUCCCCAGCAUCUAUCUAUGCAACGCUCCAUGGGCCAACUGGGCUCCCCAAUGGCUCAAAACCCCUACGCACACACGUCGAUGCCGCGCUCGGAACGUCGUGGCGCUGUCGUUGUAGUUCCCAACUCUACCUAUGACGUUGACUCCGUGCAGUACCAUUCCAUGCCGCGCGGCUACCCGGGCUACGAAGAAGGUCCAAUGGCAACGGACGCCCGAUCCAACAUGACAGACUACCAACCCGACCACCCCUCAAUGCGAAAGAAACAAAGCUUCUACUCCGACCGUCAUCAAAUGAACAAUACGCUGAAUACCAUGCCCAGCGGCACCGUCGAGCUGAAGGGGUACAUCCCGGAACCGGAAGAGGAGCCUGAACAAGAGAUUUGGCAUGACGACUACACGCAGCAGAAUACGACGCAUAAUCGCACGAUUGGCAAAGCGGAGGCGGCGGUUUCGGCGUAUGAUUUGAAUACCCGUGCUUCGGAUCGUCCGACGGCUGAACAACAGAAGCCCACCAAACGGACGCUGGGACCGAAUGAGUCCGUGGCCGUGUAUCAUCUGGACACGAGGACGUUUGAGCGUCCUGCUUCGAAAAGUACGCCCACUCUGACUACGCAGACCCCAAGGGGCGAUAUUUCGAGACCAGUCGAUAAGGUUACACCGCAAGAGAUGUCAUACAGAGGCAGAACUCCGGCCAAUGAGAGAACUCAACCCCCAACAGCGUAUGGGAGAUCUAUUCCCAAGGUUGAGAUUGUGGCCGCUACUCCCAACGAGAGGAGCGGGGCCGACUACUUUGAGCAGCCGUCCUCGGCUGGGCAAAGAGGUCAACGUCCGCCCAGCGCGAAUAGAUACAACAACGGUCAUGAACCACAAUCCUCGUGUGCGCAACCGACACCUACCCCCACGCAGCCCUCUCAACGCCCUAAGAGAGAAAAACGAUCCUGGGGCGUCGCCGCAAGCAAGAACAUCGCCUCAACAGUCCGCCGUUUCUGGGAAACCGCCGGCGACGACACCGCCAUUCCUCCCAACACCCAUAGAUCCCACACCUCCUCCCGGUCCUCCUCCCACCCCUUCCCCGCCGACCCCAACACCACCCGCUUCACCACCAACGACGAAAGCAUCAGCUACAUCGCCCCCGCCUCGGGCCCCGUCUCCGCCCGGACGUCUGCCGACACGAACCGCGGCAAUGAGUACUCGGGCGUGCUGGAUAAGACGUUUGGACUAGAUGUGGAGGAGAUUAGCUUCAGAGGGGGGCAUGACCCGAGUUUUUCGCUUGCGUCUGAGCAGUCAUUUGGGGAAGGGGGGAGGCGGUAUGCGAGGCGUUGAGUGUUGCCUCGCUGGCGUAUCCUCAACGGCCUUCCUGACAUUACGACGUAAUCUACUCUGGAACAAUCCCUUUGCUUUAAUCGUUUUCUGGAUCUGGGCGUACAUUUCUGCCUUUCUAUGUAGUUUCUUUUCUGUUCCUUUUGUAUUUGUGUUUUCCGGCUGUCACAUAUGUUCCUUACCCUGUACUCUCUUUUCAUACCUUUUCUUUACAAGUUUCUUAUUCCAUAAUACAAAGUUUAUUCUGCCUUCCUUAC